GCUACCAUAACAAUACCACAGAUUGGGUAGCUGAAACAACAAAAAUAUAUUAUUGUAAUUUGGCAUCUGGAGGCUGGAAGUCCAAGAGCAAGGUAUUGGCAGUUGGUUUCUGGUGAGAUCUGUCCUUGACUUGCAGAGGACCCAUUUUCUGGUUGUGUCCCCACAUGGACUUUAAUCUGUUGCACUCUCACACCUGAUACCUAUCUCUUAGACGCCAGUCCUGUUAAUUAAAAACACAUCCUUAUGACUUCCAUUUUAUCUUCAUUACUUCCUUGAAGGCCCUGUGUCCAAAUAUGGUCACAUUUUGAGUUAGGACUUCAACAUUAGGGGGAGCACAAUUCACUUCAUAACAACAAUAUAUCACCAAAUUAAAAAUUGAGGAAAAAAAUCAGUAGAUCAUGGAAGGGAAAUGGUUGCUGUGUAUAUUACUAGUCCUUGGAACGACUAUCAUUCAGGCUCAUGAUGGACAUGAAGACGAUGUUAUUGAUAUUGAGGAUGCCCUUGAUGAUGUCAUUGAAGAGGUGGAAGACUCAAAACCGAAACCAGAUAUCAGCACUCCUCCAUCUCCCAAGGUUACCUAUAAAGCUCCAGUUCCAACAGGGGAAGUAUAUUUUGUCGAUUCCUUUGAUAGAGGAACUCUAUCAGGGUGGAUUUUAUCCAAAGCCAAGAAAGAUGACACUGAUGAUGAAAUUGCUAAAUAUGAUGGAAAAUGGGAGGUAGAUGAAAUGAAGGAAACAAAGCUUCCAGGAGAUAAAGGACUUGUGUUGCUGUCUCGGGCUAAGCAUCAUGCCAUCUCUGCUAAAUUGAACAAGCCCUUCCUGUUUGAUACCAAACCUCUUAUUGUUCAGUAUGAGGUUAAUUUCCAGAAUGGAAUAGAAUGUGGUGGUGCCUAUGUGAAACUGCUUUCCAAAACCUCAGAACUCAACCUGGAUCAGUUCCACGACAAGACUCCUUAUACAAUUAUGUUUGGCCCAGAUAAAUGUGGAGAGGACUAUAAAUUGCACUUCAUCUUCCGACACAAAAAUCCCAAAACAGGUGUAUAUGAGGAAAAACAUGCAAAGAGGCCAGAUGCAGAUCUGAAGACCUAUUUUACAGAUAAGAAAACACAUCUUUAUACUUUAAUUUUAAAUCCAGAUAAUAGUUUUGAAAUAUUAGUGGACCAAUCUGUUGUGAACAGUGGAAAUCUGCUAAAUGACAUGACUCCUCCUGUAAAUCCUUCACGUGAAAUUGAGGAUCCUGAAGACCAGAAGCCAGAGGAUUGGGAUGAGAGACCAAAAAUACCAGAUCCAGAUGCUGUGAAACCAGAUGACUGGGAUGAAGAUGCCCCUGCUAAGAUUCCAGAUGAAGAGGCCACAAAGCCUGAGGGCUGGUUAGAUGAUGAGCCUGAAUAUGUACCUGAUCCAGAUGCGGAGAAACCAGAGGAUUGGGAUGAAGAUAUGGAUGGAGAAUGGGAGGCUCCUCAGAUUGCCAAUCCUAAGUGUGAUUCAGCCCCAGGGUGUGGUGUGUGGCAGCGACCUAUGAUUGACAAUCCCAGUUAUAAGGGCAAAUGGAAGCCUCCCAUGAUCGACAAUCCUAACUACCAGGGAAUCUGGAAACCACGGAAAAUACCAAAUCCAGAUUUCUUUGAAGAUCUGGAACCUUUCAGAAUGACUCCUUUUAGUGCUAUCGGUUUGGAACUGUGGUCCAUGACCUCAGACAUUUUUUUUGACAACUUUAUCAUUUGUGGCGAUCGAAGAGUAGUUGAUGAUUGGGCCAAUGAUGGUUGGGGUCUAAAGAAAGCUGCUGAUGGGGCUGCUGAGCCUGGUGUAGUGGGGCAGAUGAUCGAGGCAGCUGAGGAGCGCCCCUGGCUGUGGGUAGUCUACAUUUUGACUGUAGCUCUACCUGUAUUUCUCGUUAUCCUCUUUUGCUGUUCUGGAAAGAAACAGUCCAGUCCUGUGGAAUACAAGAAGACUGAUGCUCCACAACCAGAUGUAAAGGAGGAAGAAGAGAAGGAAGAGGAAAAGGACAAGGGAGACGACGAGGAGGAUGCUGAAGAGAAACUUGAAGAGAAGCAAAAAAGUGAUGCUGAAGAAGAUGGUGGCACUGUCAGCCAAGAGGAAGAAGAUAGAAAACCUAAAGCAGAGGAGGAUGAAAUUUUGAACAGAUCACCAAGAAACAGAAAGCCACGAAGAGAGUAAAACAAUCUUAAGAACUUGAUCUGUGAUUUCCUCUCCCUCCCUUUCCCCUUCAAGUAUGGUCCCAGGAGAGGACCUGGCACACCUUAGGUUGAAACUCAGAAAACCUCCAGACGUCACCAUCAACAGGUUCCAGUUGAACACUAGCCCGUGUAAUUUUAAACAUCUAGCAGUAAAUAAUUGCACUUGUGACAUAAGGACCCUGUUUCUGUAGAAAGAAAGUAUUUAACAUAAUGGUUGUGAAACAUGAAGCAACUAACUUGUAUUUUUUUGUUUCUAAACAUCUUUGUUUUUUAAAAAUAGAUAGAACUUUGCCGAUCUUUAAAAUCUUGGCUUAAUUUAAUAUAUUAGUCUGUCCAUGCAGAAAUAACACCAACCUUUAGAAAUGCUAGGGGGGUGAAUUGCAGUUUUUAUAACCAAUUCUGUUUUUUAAGUUUGGUAUUGCAGAACUUUCAAGUGUCUCUGUCCCUUAAAAUUGAUGAUCAUGUUGAAAGUGCAGUCAUUUGUGGUUAAAAUCUUGUUUUGCUUGCUUCCAUUACUCAGUUCCUUGUAAGGAAACAGAGGAGAGGGAUUGGAUGGAAAUCCAAAUUCAUAUAAAGGUUCUGUUUAAAUUGUAUGAAAAACAGACAUAAAAAAAAACAAAAAACCUUUAAACUUGAUCUUGAUUAGACCAUGAAGUAUGUAUUUUCCAUUGUCCUCAGAACAGCUCAGUUCCCAGAUGCUGUGCAGUUAGUGGAGGAGGUAGCAUCAUGUGUCACAGGGCUUUCAUAUUUCACACACCAGGAGGGUAUAGGCUCCUGCCUUCUUGAACAGGUAGCUUUUUAUGAAACGCUAGCAGGGCAUGUGAGCUCUAGAAUAGAUGCCGAUGUUUUCAUCACUUCUUUCACUGUGUUGACACUUUUCUUACUACUUCCUUCAAUUCCCAGAGCUUUCUCCUCUGCUAUGCAUUUUCUUCACAGUGCAGCUUGCAGUCCAAUGCUGAAAAUAAUUAUAAGCUCUGCAUAGUGUUAAGCUUUAUUGUGAUUAUGUGUAUGUUUCUUCCUUUAAAAGCAGACCCACACCUUUCCAGGGUCAAAAUACAGGACAGAAUACUACCUUUCAUUUUGAUCCAUUUUUUUCACUCUGUGUAAAGACUUACAAGUCUAAUCCAGAGGCUAGCCAAUUCAGAAUUGAACAUAAUUGAACACAGGCUGAAAGUAUUUAUGGGAGAAGUGACGAUUAGCAUGAGUUAUCUGAUUUUUGUAGCUGCUAAACCUUUUGUCUUCAUUUGCAGUUCAUGUAACAGUUGUGUCUUAAAUUACACGAUAAAGCAGUCCUGUUAAAUUUUUUUUUUUAGUUAGUAUGUGGCUUGUAGGAAUUUUUUAAAAAGUGAUCUUAGGUUUUUGUUAUUUCUUUUGGGAUGCAGAUGGGUGCUAUCAGAGCCUCUCCCCCAUCAUUAUAGUGUAAUAAUAUCACUAUUACACCACACUGAAAUGUAUUCAGAAUUAGAUGUUGUUUUAGCUUUAUUCUUCAGAGGUGUUUCAAAUGUACCGAUGAUACUGUUCUUGCACUGAAUAUAUAAACACUCCAGAGUGUUUAUAUCGGGGAGAUAAUGGGGAGGAAGUAUAUUCAUAAAAAAUGAAGGCUGUAUCUGUUUAUCUUCAAGUUUUUACUAGUUCCCUUAAAUUUUUAUGAGGGUGGGAUGCAUUUUUCUUGCUCUUCAGUGCUUUAUCUUUUCAUCUAUUGUCUGUGGUCAUAGUGACCUUAGCUAUGUAGCAGAUUUUUCCCAGAUGUAUUGAGUACAAAUAAACAAUUACUUAGCAAGACCUGAAAAUAUGUCUGCAGGUUUCUCCUUGAAGCAAGAGUGUGGAAUCUAUUGCAUUUCCAGAAAUUGCCUUCACGAUCCUCUGAUGUUGUAUUUCAUGCCUCACAGUUUCUUUCCAGCUGAGCUGUGGAAUGAGCAGUUUGAAUCAAUGGUGUGUUUAUUUGCUUUUCCAUGGUUAUUUGGCAAGGUUUGUCCCCCAAAAAGAAGUCUCUUUUUCACUGUUUUUGUUUAAAGGUAUCCAGCCUCCUAAUUGUCUGACACAUUAAUGAAUGACCAGCAGCAGUGUUCAGCUAUCAAAAAGGCACUUACGUUAUGAUUUUACAUGCUGGUUAUCUGUCCCAUUGUUGUAAAAUGUUCCCUCAAUCAGUUGUUUUGCUCAGUUUCUCUUACCCACAAAAUCUCCCCAUUUUUCUCAAACUGUCACAUUACUAAAUGGUAUUACAUUAAAGCCCUGUGUUGUGUCUCCUUUUGACUGAACUUCUUCGUAGUAACCUUCAGUUUGUGUUUUGCUCUUUCAAUAAUGGGUUAAUAUUUUAAUUGACCUGCAUGAAAGUUUGCUAAAAUAUCCAAACUGUUACAGACUUGAUAUACUCAGUAUAUACUUAAUACAUUGCAGCCCUUGGACUUAAUUCAGUCAUUUCAUUAUAGCUUUUGCUUUCUUUUCCUGCUGGAUUAGGUUCUGUAGUUUCUGUUGUAUAAUAGGAUGAUAGCAACUUAGAAAAGGGGAGAGAGUAAUUUGUGGAUAACAUCCUUGAAGAUUUAUGGGAACCUUUGGCGUUUUUUAAUUAGGAAAUAAUCUGCAGAAUCAGAAUCCAUCUUCACAUAUUCUUACAUAUUUCUGGGGUUUUGUGAGAAAAUUAGGCCAAAACAUUUAGUAGUGUACUUUUAGGUUUUUGGAUUGUUUAUUGAAGUACAUGAAAUGUAGUGUUCCUUGUUACUGUUUUUCCUAUUAAAAGUAGUUCUGGUAUAAAAAUUGUUUGAAGAUUGGUGAAAAGCAGGAUCAUGCAAUAGUCCAUGAGCUGUGGACACUUAACUUGAUGGACCAAUUAUUUUUUCACUGCAUUUGUUCAAGAACAAGUAAUACUAGAAUGAGGACUCAUUUUUUCUUAAUUUUAUUGCAACAAUUGUACUUCUCAAAAUUACAGCCUUUUCCUGGCACCUCUUGUUUAACUGUUUAACAAUUAGGGUGCCAGUACCUUGGUAUCUCUUAGCCCAGUAUCGACUAUCUAGUUUUCGAACUGACUGCUCCUGUUUUUUGCCUCUACAGUCUCCAAUCCCCUUUGCCUACUGGUUGUAAUGCCAGAGAAUAAUUGUC